AUGCAAUAGAUAUACAAAAGUGUAAAUACAAUGUUGGAUGGAAGAUAAAACAGAAAAGAAAAGACAAAACAUAAGUAAGCAACUGUAAGUGGCGGCAGACACGUAGACAUCUAUGAGCGCUUUCCAUUCAUUUGCCUUACUUCAGUUGAGAGUACAUUAGUAACGUUCAUACUAGGAAGCAUAUGAUGCUCUGCUGAAGACAUACCUCACUUUUCUCUCCUGCUUCUGUCUCAAUUCUCACUGCUCCUUUAACUGCCUUUCUUUCACUCUUUCUCAACAACAUAAUAGAACAAAAAGCUGAGAGCUUGAGACUUGAGAGUGAGAGAGAUGGUCCUUGGAGCUAACGGCCUCGUUUGGAUGGAUGGAGAAGAGGAAGAAGAUGCAGUUUCUUCCUGGACCCCAAACAACAACAACAACAACAGUAGUAGCAGUAAUGAAAUUGAGAAUAAAGAAGAGGUCGUGACUAUGUCGGCUGCUUCUCUUUCCACCUUCAAAUCCAUGCUUGACGCUGACUGGUACAUGAACCCAGUUAUGAACCAGGAUCUUCAAAUCAGAGAGCUUGGUUUCUGCUCCAACCAGGUUGAUAACAAUCUCCUCCUUCACCAGCCAAUUGAUUCCGCUGCUUCUUGUUCUCCCUCACAUGCCUUUCCGCUUGACCCUUCACAUUCCCACCCUUUCUUGCCUCCUAAAUCUUGCUUCUCUUCUCUCAUCAAUGUUUCCUACAACAGCCCUUUCGAUAAUGACUUUGAUUUCGCCUCUGGAACGUCUUUUCUCGCUCAGUUUCAGCCGAACCAAACCCCGAAUUUGAUGGGUUUUCCUCAAACUCAAAUGGAUACUCCUGAGUUCAGUUCGAGCUCCGAGUUUCAAGGUACAAGGUUGUUCGCAGGAACUGAAAAUGCUUCUAUUUUGAGUGGUGGGUUUAGUGGUGAUGGUUUUGGGGGUUUUGAUGGAUCAGGGAAUGCUCUGUUUAUGAACAGAGCAAAGAUUUCGAAGCCCCUUGAAGUUUUCCCUUUAGUUGGUUCUCAACCAACUUUGUUUCAGAAGCGAACGGGUGGGGCCGAUAAAUUGGGGAAUUUGGAUGUUUCAGCUAUGAGAUUGGGAGGGGAAGCUUUAGAGGGAAAGAAGAGACAUGAGGAGGGGAAGAUUGAGGAAGCCAGCAUCGAUAUGUUGGGUUGGAAUUAUGAUUCUGAUGAGAGGAAUGAUGAUUGCAAAGUGGAGGAGAGUGUGAAGAAUGGUGGUUGCAAUUCAAAUGCAACUAGUACAGGUGGAGAUCAGAAGGGGAAGAAGAAAGGGAUGCCGGCAAAAAAUCUGAUGGCGGAGAGGCGAAGGAGGAAGAAGCUCAAUGAUAGGCUUUACAUGCUUAGAUCUGUUGUGCCCAAAAUUAGCAAGAUGGAUAGGGCUUCAAUACUUGGGGACACCAUUGAUUACUUAAAGGAGCUUCUACAAAGGAUCAAUGAUCUACAUAAUGAACUUGAAUCCACCCCACCUGGCUCUUUGAUGCCACCGUCUACAAGCUUCCUCCCGUUGACACCCACCCCACCUACCCUUCCAUGUAGUGUCAAGGAAGAACUAUGCCCUAGCUCAUUGACAAGCCCUAAAACCCAAACUGCAAAGGUGGAGGUUCGGUUAAGGGAAGGAAGGGCUGUCAACAUUCACAUGUUUUGUGCUUGCAGGCCAGGUCUCUUGCUCUCCACUAUGAGAGCUCUAGACAACCUUGGGUUGGAUAUACAGCAAGCUGUAAUCAGCUGUUUCAAUGGGUUUGCACUGGAUGUGUUCCGAGCUGAGCAAUGCAGGGAAGGCCAGGAUGUAUUGCCUGAACAAAUCAAAGCAGUACUUUUGGAUUCAGCAGGCUUCCAUGGUAUAAUGCGACUUGAAUAGCUUUAUCUGAUGAACAGAGGCACUAACUGUAGUCUUAUGUCUUGGGGGUAGUCUGUAAAUUCAAUUUGCUUCUCAUCCCAUUGGUAAAGGGCCAAUUUCAAGUAGAAUGUGUUUAGGUUCUUGACAUUUGUAGGUGGUGGAAGCAAGCAUCUUUAGCAGAUAUGUUAAUUUCUUAGUUUUUACUGGAGAGGUACAAGAUUAUGAUUGAGUUUUUCUUUAGUAGUUUCAGCUUUUAGAAAUAAAAUCUCCUUGUUCUCUACCUUUAUAUAUAGAUGAUAUUUGUUGCUGGAUGAAGAUUUGAUUAUUAUGGUUGGAUGUUUUAUAUCUCUUCAUUCAUGAUUUAUGCAUAGGUUUUCAACUAGGGUUUUGAUGGAUGCGACAAAUGGUUAACAUUUUUUGGAAUGGGUUGAUGGCACCCAGAGCUGCCAUUAAGUUAGGCAGACUCACUGGUCUAACGGUGAUUCAAACAAUCGAAACUUUUG